AUGUCAGAUCCAUCUCUCAAAACCUGGUACGACAGCACCCAGCGCGCUCUCGAAUGCAACAAAAUGCACAACAACAACCAAGGAGACAUCAUGGGCAAGCUCUUGUCCAAAGCUGAGAAAUACGCAAGUCUGAAUGGAGAUGAAGCCGCCCCGUUCCCACAUAGCGUAUGCGACAUCGUGGCCGACGAGAUGCAGACCAAGUUCAAAGAAGACAUUAGGACUUCAAUUUGCGCAUUUUAUCACUGGCGCUUAUCAGAGGUCGACAACGGGGCUGAAGAAUUGAGAAAGGCUAACAUCGACGUCGAAGAAUACAGGAACACCGCAAAGCUCGAAGUGGUGUCCAUGAUUUAUUCCUACGGGAACGCGCUGCACAGAGAGAUGAGAGGAUUGCCACCUCUGCAAGAAGACAGCGUCCGCAGUAUGCUCGACCAAUUAUCCCAAUCGCCAGGAAUGAAGACAUGCAUUCACAACACAUCCACCAACUAA